AUGCACCAUCAUCACAUUCUACUAACCUCUCUAUUACCUAUUCUAGCAAACAGUUUACUCAGUGCAGACCUCACAAAAAAUCAUCAGGGACCAACAACGGCAGUUGGAGCAAUCUUCCAAUCAGAACCGUCUAUUGGAGUAUCCGCUGAGUACUACGGUAGUAACACCGAUUUCGUGUCUUCACGUCUUCAGAAUCAGAAUCAGAAUCCGAAUCAAAAUCCUGAAGAAGAUGAAGAACUAUAUGCACUCCAGAAAGCAGCGAAACCACAGUUCUAUCCGAGGCCUCAAGGAAAUUAUGGAGGAUACGGUGGAUAUCGACCGAAUCCAAAUCCGCAGCCAUUUGGAUACUCUUACGUGGGAUAUAUCAAUCGACAGGCCCGUCGAUAUCCAGUUAUGAUGUAUACACUGAUUCAAUGUGUUCCAUGUCAACGAGCCAAACAUCUUUUGGCAACGACAUAUGGAGAUGUUCCGUCGCAUUUCUUGGGUAAGUUGUACUGUUGUGUCUGUCAUCCGGAGAGAGUGGGAUGGGAAGGACGACACGGAAUGGUGGAGUCUUUAUUAGAAGACUGA